CCCAGCCUCCGUCCCUCCAAUGCAGCCUUCCCUGCUCGUCCUGUAUGCCCAGAGGAGAGGGGCUUCCUGCAUCUUGGGCAAAGGCGGGCAUCUCCGAGCAUGCGGGCAGCGGUCUGCAGCUUAACUCACCCCGCCGCCCCGCGGGUGCUCUUAAAAUUAUUAGCGUGGUGAGUCGUCGAUGAGUCGUGGUCGAGUGCACCAGUCGUCCUCUGCGCCUUCUGAUUUGCUUGUGGGCUUCCUCUGAGCUACCACGCGCGGGGAGAGCAGGGCUGAACCCAAAACGAGCACAAACAUGGAACACGGAAGGCGCAACAGAUCCAUGGAUCCCAUGGGCCGUCUCCAUGGGCCAUGAGCUGAUCCACACUGCAGGGCGACAUGCGCAGACAUGGGGUGUGCUGCACUCAUACACAGUGGGCAUGUUCACAAGGCGGGUGGACAUACAUAGGCCACGGAAGGGGACAAACAAAGAUGGGCGGGCUGCGGCCAGGCGCGAGGUCUCCCGUGUCGUACUACCUGUAAUUGCAUUGACGUCCUGUUCUUCAGCGCUCGCCAUGUUCUAUUAAUACUUGUGUUGUCAUUUCCAUCUCCUCUUCCAUCUCCCUCUCUCCCUUCCGACGCCCAUCCCCCCUGGCCCUUGACACACACAGACAGCAUCCCACACCGGCUCGCCACACAAGCCAUCCCUCGCACGCCACACUCCUUUCCCUCCCCCGCUGCUUGCGGUGUCCUUCGACGACCCUUAGCCCCUUCCGUCCAGAUCCACAGGGCUAUACUCUAGGACCUUAAAGUACCGCCAUUCAGCCACCAUGCCACCCGCAUCUCGCACCAUCAUGCCUCUCGAACCCACCUCUUAUCCCUUCCUUGGUAACGCGAACAACGUCCCCCCUUCACCCACCUCGACCACAAAGUCCCAGGUUCCCAUUCUUCCCAAGCCCGACAUAGACAACAACGACAUCAGCAACAGCAGCAGCAAUAUGAGCGAUAUCAAAGCAAACGACUACGAGUUCUUCCACUCCAAGAAGUUUGCAUUGUGCUUUGGGGCGAUGUGUCUCAAUGUCAUCCUUUUCGCUUUGGACCAAUUCAUCAUCACUGCCGCCGUGCCAAAGAUCAUCAAUCAAUUUCAGUCUCUGGACAAAUUGGAAUGGCUCAACACAGCUUUCUUCGUCCCAUGUGCCGGCGCCAUCCUCAUCUACACUCAACUCAUGACUAUCGUCAGCCCCCGUUGGAUCUAUCUUUCAGCCAUUGCUACUUUUGAAGCUGGAAGUGCCAUCUGCGGAGCAGCGGGUAGCAUGAACCUAUUGAUUGUUGGUCGAGCCGUAGCUGGCUUAGGAGGAGCUGGAAUGUGGAACGCAACGUAUCUCAUUGGAGGCGAGCUCAUCCCGUUCUCCAAACGCCCUGGCUACUUUGGUCUUUUUGGUGUCAGCUAUAUCCUUGCCUCUGUGAUGGGACCGCUUGUUGGAGGCGCUUUCACUGACAUGAGCGACGAAGGGUGGAGGUGGUGUUUCUACAUCAAUCUCCCCGUCGGUGGCGUUGUCCUUUUCCUUCUUCUGAUCUUCCUCCCCGAUACCGCCAAGCUCAUUCCAUUUGAUGGCCAAUUUGACCAUCGACCUACAUGGCUCAAGCUCCUCCGCAUUGACUGGCUUGGCGGGGCGCUCUCUGUCGGAUUCGUGACCUGCUUGGGAAUGGGCCUUCAGUGGGGAGGGGUCACGGAGGACUGGGAUGAUAAAAGUGUCAUCAUUAGUCUCUCAUUCUCCCUCGGUCUCUUCAUCCUUUUGAUUUUGUGGAGUCUUUGGUUUGGCUCGAGGGCCAUGGUUCCCAUGCCGUUGUUCAGGAGCCUGCAUUUCACUGCCGGAGCUUGGGUCGCUUUCUUUGGAUAUGGAAAUGUGGUUGUCUACCUGUACUACCUUCCGCUCUAUUUUGAAGCCAUCAAAGAGAAAUCAGCUACCGCCGCCGGUGUGCUGCUUCUCGCUUUGCAACUUACAAUGGGUGUCUGUCUGGUCUUUUCUGGCAAAUUGGGCGAAGUCACGGGUCAAGCCAAAUAUGUCAUCGUCGCCGGCUCCUGUCUCCUGGCCACCGGCGGUGGUCUUUUCACCACCCUCAAGGCAGACUCGCCCAUCGGCCGCGCUGUCGGCUUCGAAGUCGUCUCGGGCGUGGGGCUGGGUCUGGUCUUGAACAUCAUGGUCGUCCUUGUACAGGCAAACUAUCUCGAUCGACCUCAACUUGUACCGCAUGCUACCAACCUUUUCAACUUCUGGGGUUUCGUAGGCCGCAUCGUGUCCAUGUCGACUGCUACGAGUAUCUUCAAUAACAAGCUUCGCAUCGGUCUAUCCUCCAUCGGACUAUCCGAAGCUGUCGAGGUACAAAUCGCGGCCGCGCCCAGUGCCAUCUGGGAGCUGGAUGCCUCUCAACGAGCUGAGGUGUUGGUCCAAUACACAGCUGCUCUGGUCAAGCCAUUCUGGUUUGUCUUGGGACUGGGUGCCAUGUGCUUGAUCUCAAGCCUCUUCAUGAAAGACAUUGAUCUGAAGGCGGUCGCUCAGCAAGGGCAGCAAGCGGAAAUCAAUGGCGGGGAUAGAGAUGGACACGAAAACUAUGCGAUGCAGGGGAGCGAUGUGUCGUCCAUGAGAAGAGAUACGAGCACGCAGGAUGAGAGGAAAGGAGAUUUGUAUCGGGUGUCCACAAAUGAGACUGGACGCGUAUAA